AUGCAGCUCCCUCCAGUCUCAGUGAUACUCUCCUGGCCCAAGCCCAAUUAUGUGAAUCCAACGGAGGUUCGUGGGCCACUUAUAAUCAUAUUAACCUCGAUAUUUGCACCUUUGACGCUUUUUGUUGUUAUUAUCCGCAUAUUCAGUCGCAUCCAUGUAUCGAAGAGCUUUGGCUUAGACGACGUAUUUAUAAUAGCCGCCGUGAUUCCUGCACUCGGCUGUGGCGCCAUCACCGUUCUGGGCUCAGUCAAAUACGGUUGGAGUCGACAUGUCUACGACGUGCCAUUCGAUCAGCUUGUCCUAGGGUUAAAGAUGACCAUGCUGAUAGAGUGCCUCUUCGCCAUCUGUUGCUCAUUCACCAAGCUCUCGCUGCUAUGUUUUACCCGGAAGAUUACCGCAGGCAUAAACUCGCGCGUCUUGCGAUGGCUUAUCAUAGCUAACGUAACCAUCGUCACGCUAGAAAUGGUAAUCUUUUGUAUAGUAGCUGUUUUCACCUGCCGCCCCAUCUCCGCCUACUGGACCCUCUCGACAAAACCUCAAGAUUGUAUAAACGAAACUGCACAUCUCCUAGGCGGCGGUAUACUGAAUACCGUCACCGAUCUCUGCGUCGUUUUUUUGCCGUUCCCCACCGUCAUGUCCCUCAGGCUACCUACCCGACAACGGGUCAUGCUCUCCAUCCUCUUCGGUGCUGGCUUCAUAGUCUGCAUUGCUGGCUGCUUUAGAGCUUAUUUCCUCCACAAGCUAAAUACUUCGUACGAUAAGACGUGGGCCGGCUAUCCCCUCUGGAUUUCCGGAACGAUUGAGAUGUAUCUCGGCGUUAUCGCAGCCUCGCUGGCAUCCCUCAAGCCGUUCAUCGUGCGCUACCUCCCUAGUUUCCUCGGCUCCCUUGGCUCCGGGCGCACCGGGCCCUCUUCCUUCUCAUUCUUAAACUCGUAUGUGUUACGACGUAGCGAACCCCGGCCCGUGGAGAAAAGCAAGCUCGAGACGCUCGACAGCCAGGCCGCUACCAUCACAUCUACACAAGACUGCGACGUUGAGUUUGGAGAAUUAGACCCCGCUAAGAGGGCGGUAUUGUCCAAGGCCAUUGGAUACCAAGAGAGUAGGAAUUUAACGAAGCCCAGCUUCUGUUCCGCUGACGCAACAUCGCAAUCGGAGCCGAAGCGGAAAUAA